AUGCCAGUCGAGCCGCGGACUGAUCGCCCUGUGGCAGUCAUCGGCGGUGGCCCAUUGGGCCGCCGUAUUGGAUGCACUUUCGUCGCUUCAGGAUACGAUUUACAUAUCCAGGAUUCGUCUGCCGAAGCUCUCCAAGGCGCUAUGAAAUACAUUGACGUGCACAAAGAGGAAUACUCCAUGAUGUCACGCAUCAACAAAGGAAGAGAAGGCGAGCCUGACAGGGGCAGCCCGGUAACUCUUGAGACUUACUCACAUACCCACUUCGGAAGAUUCGAGGCCUUUGAGGAAAUUGCGCCGGCGGUGUCGAAUGCCUGGCUCGUGAUUGAAGCCACACCGGAGAAUCUGGACUUGAAAACUAAUCUGUUCGCUGAACUAGACGUGAACGCCCCUCCAGACUGUAUCUUGGGAUCGAACAGCUCCUUGUUCAGGUCAGGUCUCAUGAUAUCCAAAGUGUCCAGCGAGCGGCGGAAGAGAGUGUUGAAUAUUCAUUAUCCCGUACUGCCCGCAAUCAGAACUGUAGAGCUUAUGACGAAUGACGAAACAAGUCCUGACAUUUUCCCAUACCUGGAAAAUAUUCUGGGCGAGUGCGGCCUCAUUCCAGUGAUCACUACGUGUGAGUCGACGGGAUUCAUCUUCAACCGCCUCUGGGCCGCUAUCAAUCAUGAGCUCCUACACAUUCUGUCGGACGGUGUGAGUGACCCGCAUCAAAUGGAUCUCUUGUGGGAGCAUUUCUUUAAGAAUGGACCUCUCCCUUGCCAGCUCAUGGAUGAGGUUGGAUUGGACAUCAUUGCCUUGAUCGAGGAUGACUAUGUGAAGGAACGCAGUCUGAACAGCAAACUGUCAGCUGAUUGGUUGCGAAGAGAAUUUAUUGAGAAGGGCCGUUUGGGAAGGAGGAGUGAGAAGGGCGGCUUAUACCCACCUCGCGAACGACCAACCACAGCCGAAGCAACCCCCACAAGCCCCUAUCCUGCGGUGAAAGAUAUCUAUCUGUUGGAUGUUGGGCUGGGAAGUAAUGCUCCAGAUGCAUCCCAGGUUCACACAAAUGGUAAGGUUUUACGAUUGAACCUGGCGACGCAGAAGCUCACCCCCAUCGUUGUCAGACAACCAUUGCCAGAUGGAAUUGAUGUCUCAUUAUCGAAGCAGCGCAUCUUCUGGACAAACAUGGGCCGCAGCACUGCAUCUUGCGAUGGAUCUGUCUGGUCGACCAAUCUGGACGGUAGCGAGACCAGGUGUAUGAUUGCGCCAGGCAAAGUCCACACCCCAAAGCAGAUUGCUGCGGUCGAGUCGCGCGAGCAAGUCUUUUUCUGUGACCGUGAAGGCACAAGCGUUCAUCGGUGCAACUACGAUGGAACUCAGCAUGAGAUCAUCGUACAGCGACGCGUGGACCCCGAAUCCACCUUGUUGGACCGGAUGAGGGCGUGGUGUGUAGGCAUCGCCGUUGACGAUCAACAUGGUCUCAUGUAUUGGACCCAGAAGGGCCCGAGCAAAGGUGGACGGGGGCGGAUCUUUUCCGCUGGGUUGGACAUACCCGAAGGUGAGACUGCUGAGACACGGACAGACAUCCGACUAGUCUUUGACAGCUUGCCUGAACCCAUCGACCUUGCGAUCGACGCCCAGACGCAGACUUUAUACUGGACCGACCGCGGGGAACAUCCCACGGGAUGCGCACUUUAUCGAGCUUAUGUGGGCGGGGAAUCAAUGGACCUGCAUAAGGUCAUCCUGGCCCGUCACUUUCAUGAGCCCAUCGGAUUGAGGUUAGACAAGGUCAAUAACACCGUGUACGUUGCUGACAUGGGUGGGAGUCUGUAUUCAGUCUCGCUGGAGGAUGGCGUCAAGGUCGAAUUGAUACGGAAUGACGGUUGCUAUACAGGGAUCGCUUUAGUAUAA